UUACCAAAAAGAAAAAGAGAAAAAAAAAAUCCUAAAUUACGGGAGCUUAAGCAGCAAGAAGAUGAUGAAUCGAACGAUUUUCACAAAGUACGGUAGAAGAGCCUUUUCAGCCAUGGCAUCUUCCCGAUUGUCCUCGAGCGUCAAGGAUGCGUGGAAGGAGCAGAAAGGCUUGGGUCUUUUUAAAGCAUUUCUUACUGGAUAUUCUGGCCACAUUCUUUUCAAUCUUUACAAGAGAAGAGAGUAUUGGCACAAAAUAGACAGAACCUACGACGAGGCCAUCAAGCGUGCAGAUGGCGUAAACGCUAAAUUGGUCGAAUUUCAGAAGGCACACAAGGAAGCGAUGAGGGUGAUUCUCAAUGGUGAAUCCACUUCUUGAGCAACCGGCAAUUUCUAUAUUAUGUUUAUUUAGACUUAUGUAUUUUGUUUCAUGUCCGAACAUAUGGUGUGUGUCUGUUCCUUCCUCUUUAUAUAUAUAUUCGUCAUUCGUGUGCCUAUCUUGUUGGAUUCUCUAGUAGCACUUGUUUCCCUUCUGUAUAUAGAGAGCAUUGGGUUCCUGUUCUUAUAACACAAGUCUUUUGGGUGGUUUACUGAAAGGCCAUGAUAGAGAGGUUAGGGUAUAAAAAUAAGAGGUGGGCUGGAGGGUUUUCUGUCUUCUCAGUUCGACUUCUAUGAUAUCGUUUUCAUUC